UUGUGUGUCCACAUCUGGCCUCCGGAAAGAAGAACGGCUGCUUCAGAGUCAACAACUGCAAAUGCAUCAUGAAGGAUGGCAGUGGGGUGAUAAACCUGCAAGCCAUGGGAGACGAAGACGGUUUCCUAGGGCGGAUGAAGCCUCUCCAUGCAGAUGACGGGCCCGUCAACGCUGAGUUCCUGCUGACCUUCAGCCCCUGCCAGCCUUUCUCACAGCCGGAGGACCUGACAGGAAGUGACUGUACCAGCGUUGCUGCAUGCCUCAUUGUCAGGUAUCAAAGGUUCAACAGAUACAUUCACCGCUAUAUCAGCUUUGGUGGACAUAAUGGCAACGAAUUCCAUUACAACGACACCCUGAGGACACUUUCCGUCUCCUACUUUGGGCCCAAUGAACUUCCAUUGACAAUUGUACAUUAUCACUGUAAUCCAAAUGAGUCUUCAUCCUUUAUUCUGGACGAGAGGCUGAAAGCAGAGGAGCCCCUUCAAAUCUGGGUGGAGAGUCCCUGUGCUUGUCCAAAUGCCUGUGCCAUAGGAGAUCUGGGUCUUGGCUCGAUCUUCCUAAUUAUCCUGUCACUCAGCGCUGCUGCUUACCUCCUACUUGGCUCCUGUGCACUGAGACCUUUUCGAAGCAGCAGUGGCGUUCAAAUUGUUCCAGAACACAGUGUGUGGUGUAUGAUCUGCUACCUCUUCACUGAAAAAAGGCCAGCAAGAAGACAAUAUACAGACAUGAUAUAUUCUGAAGCAUUGCUGAAAGACCAGAUGGUGUCUUAGGUUUAUUGUGUAACAUUAGUGAAGUAAC